UCUGUGCCGCUUUAUGCUUACGCAUAGUUCUACGCCUCCCGCUAUGGUGCGGUGCGGUUCAUCGGCUGAUGUCGGUGGAUGGGGGUUGAAUACGAGAUCCAGCUUCGGCCUGUCGAUCACCUCGUGUUGCUCAACGCACGAGGUCUCUACUGCAAGGGAAGUUGAGGUUGGAGCUCACGGUGAGCUAUAGCACGGAUCAGUAUAGCUUGUGGGACUGAGCUUAGAAUAGCUGGAGUUUCUAUGUCAUAAGCUAAGUCCACCGGUGUAGAACAUCUAUAUAAACAGCCUCAUCCUCUCCCUUCUCGUCCCAUCUCAUCAUCACACACUCACACAUCUCCUCUACCCAAAACACAAACCACUUCCACUACAAACACCUUUCAAAAUGAAGUUCUCCGCCGCAGUCUUCACCCUCCUCGCCGCCACCGGCGUCACGGCCGCACCCGCCGCUGAGAGCGUCAACAUGAUGGCCGCAACCCCCCAGUGGACCAUCCGCGACGCCAAGCGCUACUGCCGCUCCGACGACUCCAUCUGCAACUGGAAGUUCGGUAUCGACACCGGCAACGGCAAGCCCUACGAGUGCCGCUACGACGUCAAGGGCCCCGGCGCCAGCAAGAAGCGCAGUGCCGGCCCCAGCACCUGCGGCGACUUCACCAUCACCUCUGGCUGGAGCGACCAGUUCGGCGCCAACAACGGCUUCACCACUCUCUCUGUUGUGUCCAAGUCGAAGCGUCAGAUCAUCUGGCCUGCUUAUACCGAUAAGCAGCUUGCUGGUGCCAAGAUUGUUAAGCCUGAUCAGUCUUAUGCUCCUGCUUCUCUCCCCAAAUAAGCGAGCGAUACUGAAUUGAGGUGGAUAGAAGGGCUGGGGAUUGAUGUAUAAUAAUUGCAUGUACAUAUUUGAAGUACGGAAGGCUUGGGGGUUACAAUACAUAAGCACAUCAACAUCGUCUGUCAAUCAUUGGUCAAUUAUUCCCGAAGUGAAAUGUGACAUCGCUUCGUCGGCCGAGUGCCGUCGGGCUUUCGGCCGGACGGUUCGGCACCUUGUAACGCAAUCAUCAUUGCACCACAUGAGCAUGCGCAAUAGUAACAGCCAGUAUAGCUUUGCAGUUUACGGGGUAAUAAUAAUAAUGAGUCGCUGAAUCUCGGAUAGUUACCCGUUCGCCGAAAUCUUUGUCUCGUCAAGAUUUACUCAAUGAAAGUGCAGGCCGAGUACCCGACCAACGCUUCUCGUUGGCCGUGAGUGCUGUAGCAUUGCCUACUGGGAAAACAUGUGUCUACAAUAUCUCCGACCACUAAACGUCAAUGACAUCUUAUCAAUUGCCCUUGGUCAACUUUGUGGCGCGCCGCCUCGUUACACCAACCUCAGCUUAGCUGUCUAAAAAGCCCGGUUACCCUGCAGAUGGCACAUUUACAACUUUUUGCCCGACGUUGCUUGCAAUUGGUAUACGAUUGUUUGAUGACUAGAGGCUUCUUAGUUAUAUGUGUACAUAGAAUUGAACUCGCGACGAUGAUUUUAUAUCGUGUUCGGAAGUUCUGGCUACUUGUCUCAUCCAAAUGGAAUCUACGUCUGCCAAAUUAUUCAUGGUGCCGUACAGGAUGAACGCGUAGGUGGUGCGCUGUCAGCGAAGAAAUGGCAAUUAUCUAUUGCGAACCAAGACUUGAGCUCUGUAGUGCUAAACUUGCACUACUCUCCUACCUAUGCACCUUUGUUGACGUUGGUGAACGCCAGCGGUUCAGUGUGAUCAUUAGCCGCAACUCCAGAGAAUUAAUUGAAGGCGCCGGAAGAUCCCCGCCCAAAAUUUAGCUUCCUCACUGGAAAACCACAGAACUCAAAUACGUCGCCUCAUCUCCAAACACACAACCGCCCGGAAGAUGUCAGUUUUGUGAUACGUGAGAGUACCAGAAAGGCAAGGUCAAUGGUGUCACACUUUGCAUCUGCAGACCGUUCUGGCCGUUUCCACAAUUGAUGCACGUCCAACCGUCGGGAAGCAGAUCAUUAGCCCCAAGGCUCCUAUUCUAGAAGCCUGCCCUGGAUCACUGGAACUCACCACGAUGAUGGAUGUGGCUGCUGCAGACAAGUUACCCAACCUCCAAAAUGCUGCGAUACGUCAAUGCGGCCAGAGAAGCGCCGCGAAGUUAACGCCGCGGCGGGAAUCACCUUCUCAUUCUAAUCACCGCAACAAAAGCACCCAAUUGCAACAGGCGCCAACAUCAAGGUCAAUCAACACCAAGAGGCCUCACUCCGCACCGCCAAAAGACGCGUCGACACAAUAUAUACUCACCAGAAAAUGCAAAUUAAGAUCGUCCAAAUAAAGUCAAUUGAGGCGUUCGCCAAGCUGAAACAAGAUGAAGUUAGGCUCACCACUCAGAAACGGUAGUAAAACCCAAGACCGGUGACACGCGUAUGUCUUGGCUUGGCGCGUACCAAUCGACUUCCCCCCUCGAGCUUCUCUACCAGAAAGUUACACAACGAGCCGUUGCUGGGAUACAUAGCCACACGGGUAUUUUAUGCGAGCGCGAGUGACAGUUUUGGCAUGUGAGGUGGUGCUGUGAUGAGCCGGGACGCUCGGGGAAAAUGUCAUGCUUUUUUUGCUGUUUACUCCGCCAAGUAAUGACGGUCUGCCAAGAAGCCCCCUGAUCAAACUGGGUAUUAGCAUCACGAGGCCUUAGCACCAGCCAUGCACGAAACCAGUUUUUUUUUUUACAGUCAAUGAGCGACAUGUCUAUGACUGUAUCCUCAAUCAACAGCUCACUCCUCAUUCCAGCAACUCCCAUGGUCAAAUAUGUCUCGCGUGAGAAAGACCUCAAACCUUGAUUCCUUGCAGCCCAUGUUUCAGUGGUCGUGGAGGAAGAAUAAGGUAAUAUUUAAGCAUACCAGGGGCUGGACCAAUAAACCCAGUGGAGUGGUGGAGUUGGCGCAUUAAAGUUUAGCGCCCUCCCUCUGUGAAAGGGGGCAUAUUUUAGAAGAGUACUUUGUCACUGUCAUAGAUUUGAGGGGAGGAGAGGGUAUAUUGUUAUCGUGCAAGGGCUUGCGUGGCCCGUUCAAUCUCGCUCUAGCACAGGAGAUCUUGGCCUUCUUUGUUAUUGCGAUGGACCUCACUUUGUCUCAUCCCCGGCUCGUGAUGUUUGUCCAACGAGAUCUCUUACGCUGCUCGUCUUGACUUCAAUUCACCUCCAUGCAUUCAAUCAUGCACUGCAAAUCAGGUCCAUACCUUUUCAAAAUGUCAAUUACGUGGCUCCCUUCGCCAAGACUUGACCAUUU